AUGGCGCACAAGCGCUCAACCUCUGAACCCAUCUUCAUCCUCUCUCCUCUUUGUUCCACGGUGCCCUGCCACCUUCUCAGGAGCCUUCCGAGACAACAUGCGGGAGUUCUUGCCCAUUGGGUCCAAUCCUUGGCCAAUCAAAUCGAGGGUAAGACCACUUGGCUAAUACACUUGGCCCUAUCUCAAGAAACCCUGAUCCUUCUCUAUGUCAUCGAGGAGGACGUCCACGAUUCGCCAUGGCCCCACUGUGACCAUUGUCGUUGUGUAGAUUGUUUUAGUGCAAAUGGGCAUCUGGUGUUGACGCUCUCUUUCUCUCUUGGUUGGAGCCACCACCUGGUCUCACAGUGUCGCUACCACUUCAUAAUCGCGGCCUCCGACCAAUCCCUCUACGUGCUACACAGCAGUACCCACCUCCUCCACGGCCUCAUCCACUGCAACGGCUUCGGCCACCUCCUCUCCCUUAAUGGCCGUGAAAACGGUUCCAAACACCUCUCUUGCCACCACACUAUGGACCUCUUGGAUCACAUUUGUUCCAUGCUUUGCACCAGGAAGGUGACAGUUGAAGACACCGCGCGAAAGCACUCUAUGGAGCUGCAUCUCCUUCACAGUGCGGCCUAUGGCCAUCCAUGUUUUUCGCAGUGGGGCUACAGCUUCUGCCAUGGAAGCUUCGGCAUAACAGAGCUCCGCUACUCGAUGGCGGUCAAGAUCCUGAAGCAGCUUCCCCUUGCCAUGCCUGGCCCCCAACACCAAGACGCCCACCUCCAUUGCAUCGUUGGAGAAUACAAAACGAUAUGCAACUCGGUAAUAUCCACUCUGGGGGAGCUCUUGCACGCCAUGCUCCUGCUCAACGCAUGCCUCCCUUGGCAAACGGCAAAUGCGGCACCAACCAUCAAUGGCGACAAUAAUAAAGUGGCAGUGGGAAUUGAGGAGUUGGCCGCAUCAUCGCCGUGCCGGUGGUCACCCAAGCGGUUUGAGGCCACUGCACGUGUCGUGGCCAAUGUCUUGGAGGCGAGCGGCAGCUCGCGAUUGUCACGCCAGGAGGUACGCGACCGUGCUCGGAAGAGUAUUGGGGACACCGGCCUCCUCGACUUCAUGCUCAAGUCGCUCAACAUUUGCACGGUCGGCCCUCACCUCAUUCGGCGUACCGUCAAUCCCAAAACGAAGGUCUUAGAGUACUCGUUGUCGUUGGUAUCCACCGAGCUCGACUACUGUGAUGGUGAGGCGGCCACAAUAACCAGGAAAAGUGAGUCAGGAGACCGCCGUCAAAACCAGAUUCAGGUGGGGAGAAGUGAGGUCGAGAGAGACCUUGAGUACGUGUACAAGAGGGUUUUGAAAGGAGGGUUGGGUGGCAUGGUUGUGGAGGCGGCGAGGCAUGUUGUCCUAGACACGAAGCACCUCGCCAAAGUGUGGCCGAUAAGGGACGACGAUGGGAAGCUGUGGUUCAUGGUGAGCAUGGUGCUGUCUGAGGAGGAGGCAGGGAUGUUCUCUUAUGUGACUACGCCACCGGAGCUCGUGGUGAUCCCGCUCCACGCAUCAGUGGGCGACUUGCGUGCAGUGGCUGAGCGCACACUCCGCAACACCUACUGCGUCAUGGAGGGAUUUGUAGCGCAGGACCUGAUCUGGCCUCACGGCCUGGAGGUCAGUGAGAUGGAACUGUUGUUCCGCGUGGCCCAGUCGGGGAUGGGGAUGGGGAUGGGGGUGUGGGUUAGAGGAAAGGGGGCGGAGAGGGGGGCGGAGAGCCUGAGGUACGAAGGUGGGGCCGAGGAGUGGAGGGUGGAGUGCGAGUGUGGUGCGAGGGACGACGAUGGGGAGAGGAUGGUGGCGUGCGACCUGUGCGAGGUGUGGCAGUACACGCGGUGCCUUGGCAUCCCCGACGCUGAGGAGGUGGCGCACCUCUUUUUCUGCGACAGGUGCGGCUCCGCGCUGCUCCCUCCUGACAUGCUGGCUCACGAGCCGUCGAUCGUGUGA